AUGGUGAGCAACUCUGAUAGUGAACACAGUCUGGUUGCAUUGAAGCAAGCUGUGUCUGACUCCAUGCCAGGCGUGGAAAUGGUCAUGCAAGAGUCGCCUGUCGGCGAUCACCAGGCGAAUGGUGAGGCAGAAAACGCUGUGAAGGAGGUGAAAAGGAUGGCGCGGGUGCUCAAGGCCACCCUGGAAGAACGGAUCGGGAAGAACCUUCCCGUCGACCAUCCUCUCUGGACGUGGCUUCCGCGCCACGCAGCAGCCUGCUUGAGCAGGUACAGAAUCGGGCUGGAUGGCAGGACAGCAGAGCAGCGCAGGACAGGCAGAGCUUGGGCCAAGGCAACGGUCGAGCUUGGAGAAAGGAUCCAUGCUCGACCAGCAGUGGCGCAAGAACCCAGGAGCGGGCUCGCGCCGAAAAUGGUCGAAGGCCGGUACGUGGGUCACCCAUCCCGUACCGGAAGCCUUCUCGCGAUGACCGAGACGGGCGCGAUACGCGCCAAGGCAUUCAACAGGAUGCAGGAGGACGAAAGGUGGAGCAGCGAGGGGCUGGACGACCUCAAGGGGGCACCGCCGGCUGCGGGUAGCACCGCGCCGGCGCCGAUUGCGGGCAGCUCCGUGCCAGCGAGGGCUCCGCCACUUGCGGCGGGAGCAGAGGCAGCCGCGGAAGUGCCCGCGCCGCCCGCGGGCGGCUCCGCGGCGGACGCGUCGGGGGCGCCUGGGCAAGCGGGAGUCCUGAGGGGACCCCCAGGGCUGGCAGAAGAGCGGCCAGCAGCCAAAAGGAGGGUGGACCAGAUGCCCACGGCACUGGAUCGCGCGGCGCGGAAAAGACCGCCCGAAGAUCCACCCGACGAUCCAAGGCUAGAGACGGCCGACGACGACGCGAUCGCGCCGCCAGCGGUGCAGGCUCAGGCAGCAGCAUCAGCAGGAGCGAGCGCAAGCUCGUCGGCAGUGCCGGCUGCCGGCAGCCCCGCGCCGGCGCCGGCUGCGGGAAGUUCCGCGACGGAGGGGCCAGAUGUGGUCACGGGAAACUUCUCAGCAACAAAAGAGGAGCUCAGACGCAUGUACGAGAGUAGGAUCGUUGAGGCCUAUCGUGCAAACUGCGUCGACUUGUCGUCGUCUGAGCUGGAUGACGUCACCCAGAUGGCUCUAGAGCUAGGAGCCGUUGAGGUGCCAGACGCGUGCCCUGGAGAGCACGCGGGUCGUAGCACACCUGCCGGCAACGUGGGAUUGACGCCCGGCGUGCGCAUGAACAUGGAGUGCCCACGGCCUGACGGUACGACAUGGGAUUUCGCUCGAGAGGAGCAUAUCUCGGAGUGGUUCGAGACCCUGGAGCGCGAGGAUCCCUACAUCGUCGUGGGGUGGGGCGAGGAAGGAGACGGCCGCACGCCCUUCGUACGGACCCAGACGAGCUUCAUGACCAACCUUCCAGAGCUAGCCGCAGAACUGCGCAAGCAGAGUGUUGGCGGGAAAGGCGGCGGGCAGCCCCGCGCCCAGGAGACACGGGUUAAGGUGAUACUGGAAGGCGGCCUCGUACGGAGGCCACACAUGCUCACCCCGGUGCUGACGCAAUGCGUUCUUCGAGCCAUUCGUGAAAGCAUGGGUGCUGACGGCGAGAUGUCCGAUCUGGCCGCAGCAACAGCAGGCCCUGUGCCGGUCGGCCCAGGACCCUUCGAAGCAGGCAGGGACAACCUGAGCGAUGACGAGCGCUAUUGGGACGACGUGAACGGAGGGUGGCUGGACCCACAGAUGGUUCGAGAAGCACGGCGGCUAGAAGUAGAGUGGCUGCACAAGCAAGACGUCUACGAGAAGAGGACAAUAGAGGAGUGCAGGAGCGUCACAGGACAACCGCCCAUCAAGUUGAUGUGGAUAGACGCCAACAAGGGCGACCACGAGAAACCGAUCUACAGGUCGCGGAUUGUCGUGCGAGAGAAGCGCGGCAAGGGCGAGGAAGGUCGUGCAGACAUAGGAGACGCAGUAGAAAACUUGGCAAAGCAUAUGCAAUCACCGAGGCAGGUCGAUGCUGCACGCUUGAAGAGGUUGGCCAGAUACCUCAAGGGACGACCGCGUGUCGUGCAGAAGUUCACCAGGGACAGGAGCACUGCCAACGACGACGUUGUCAAGGUGUUGAUCAUGGUGGACAGCGACAACGUUGGAGACAAGGUGUCUCGGAGGUCAACCGUUGGCCAAGUUGCCUUCGUAGACAAGCACAUGGUAAAGCACAUGUGCAACAUCUUGCAGGUGAUCGGUCUCUCGUCUGGCGAGAACGAGUACUAUGCCAUAAGCGCAGGUGUUUGUACCGGACUUGGCAUCAAAGGUAUCCUAGAAGACUGGAAUGUGGCGUGCGAGCUGAAGGGCGAGCGCAGUCUGGCCUGCGCCUACGCUGACCAGACCGCAGAGGAGACAGGAGGCGAGACGCCGAGCGCCGAGCCCGAGCUCCAGACAGCCCCUGGUUGCGGCAAGAUCCGCGCCGGGUGCAAGACU